AUGAGAAGAGCAGUGUUUGAUUGGGCUAAACGCUUCAAUAUUAUUCAAGAUGAGCCCAAAAAUUUCAGAUUUUGGAUUGGCGCGUAUCUUUCAAGGGACGCAGAAUCUAGCAAACCCUCAGAAGGUUGUGGGUUGAUUCUCGAUGAUAAUGUGCAGCAGGGAACAAAAACUUCUGAAUCUCCAAUCUGCAAGUGUUUGAAAGGGUCUGUACCUAAGUCACAUGAGGAAUGGAGCAAAGGAAACAGGACAGCAGGGUGUGUGAGGAAAACAAAAUUGUUUUGUGAGAGUAGUACACAAGUAAGUCAGUCACUUCGAGCGGAAAACGAGCUGGGUUUUCGAAGAUGGUACGGUUGA